GCUGGUGAGUCUGAAAGACUUUGGUUAGAAAUGGCUGAGAGAGCUGCUCUUCUUGAAUCCUACCUGAACUGUCACGUUUGUUCAGAGACUUUCAAUGAUCCUGUAACUCUGAGCUGCAACCACAACUUCUGUUGGAGCUGCCUGCAGAAGUUCUGGGAACAAACUCAGAACAAAAACUGUCCCAUCUGUAAAAGAAAACCACUUGAAGAACAUCCUGCUGUGAACUUUGGCCUGAAGGAACUUGCUGACUCGUUUGCUGGAAGACAGAAAUCUGAAUCAUCAGAGACAAAAACAGGAGAGCAGAAGUUCAUGGAGGUCUGCAGGAAACAUCCAGGAGAAUCCAAACUGUUCUGUAAAGACGAGCAGAGAGCUAUUUGUCCUUUCUGUGAGUUUUUUGUGCACCAGAGUCACAAAGUGGUUCCUGUAGAAGAAGCAGUCGGAGAGCUGAAGGAGGAGCUGAAAUCUGACUUAAAGUCUCUGCAGGACAAGAAGAUCAAAUACAAAGAAGUGGAGGAAACAUACAAUCAGAUGAUUCAACACUCCAAGAAGCAGCUGCUGUCCACAGAGACACAGAUCAGAGCAGAGUUCAACAAGCUCCAGCAGUUCCUGAAGGAGGAAGAGGAGUCCAGACUGGCAGCUCUGAGGGAGGAAGAGGAGCAGAAGGGGAAGACUGUGAGCAGAGAAAUGAAGAGGAUCCAGGAACAGAUGUCCUCUCUGUCAGAAAGUAUCAGUGCUGUUGAAGCAGAGCUGCAGAAAGACAAGGAGGCGUUCCUCAGCAGUUGGAAAGACACUCAGAGCAGAGCCAGAGCCCAGAGCUCGCUGUCAGACCCACAGCUGCUCUCAGGAGCUCUGAUAGAUGUGGCCAAACAUGUGGGCAACCUGUCCUUCAGAGUCUGGGAGAAGAUGAAGGAGAAGGUCCACUUCAGUCCGGUCCUCCUGGACCCAAACACUGCAUAUAGAGAUCUUUAUCUGUCUGAUGAUCUGACCAGUGUGAGACGAGGAGAAACUUCUCAGCAGCUUCCUAACAAUCCAGAGAGAAACAUGAAAUAUAAUGAUGUUUUUGGCUCUGAGGGCUUCAGAUCAGGGAAACACAGCUGGGAGGUGGAGGUGGGAGAUCAUCCUUUCUGGCUCAUUGGUGUGACUAAAGAGUCUGUUAACAGGAAGGGAGAGUGUGAUGAUACACCAGAAUAUGGGUUCUGGUGUUUAACAUACAAUAAUGGAGAAUACACAAACGGUGAUGGUCAGACUGUCACUGUGACCAAGAGUCUCCAGAAGAUCAGAGUCCAGCUGGACUAUGACAGGGGGGAGGUGUCCUUCUACAACCCUGAAGACAUGACUCACAUCUACACUUACAUAGACACUUUCACUGAGAAACUUUUACCAUAUUUCCAUGUUGGAAAAUCUGGAGACGCAAAAACCUCUAAACUCCAAAUCUGUCCGACUGAUUGAGAUGAUUUGACUCUGAAUAAAGU